AUGUACGGGCUCAAGACAACGAUCGUCUCCGACUACGAGGUCGACUCCCAGGACACCUAUCUGCAAUCACAUGUCGGCCUUCUCCGUCGCAUCAAUGCUGCUCGCGCCGCGACCACGUUGCUGGCGCUCCUGAUGGGCCUCGUCGUCGUCGGCGUCGCCGCCAACAGCAUCCAGGUCUACAAUGCCACUCACCUUUCCCUCUCUGCCAACAUGGCCUGGCUGUCGCUGUGGCCCAGCUCUGACGCCUUUGAUUCCCGGCCCACCAUUGCUCUGGUUGUUGGCGCUUCUCUGGUUGUGCUCUGCAACGUUGUCGCCCUUUCCAGCCACCAUCCCAAGCUCGCCCGCGCCCACACGCCACUGACGUUUGUCGCCCCCUUUGUCGGCCUCGUCGCCGCCAUCAUCGCCAUCGCGUUCUUCUACGCCAUCAACCGUUCCACCACUGCCGACACCCUGCUCUCCUGGAGCUGUCGUUGGCGCAACGUCACCCUGAGCGGACGGCCCCAUUUUGCCACCCUCUGCCGUACCAGCCACGCUGGCGUCUACCUGGCUAUCCUGUUGAUUCCUGUCGAGGCGGCUGCCUUGGGACUCGCCGGCUGGCAGCUCAAGCUCAGGCGCUUCGUCCUGGCGUACAGCCAAGCACGCAAGACGCCAAGCCCGGCUCUGUCCUGA